AUGGACAUGACAUUUUCUGUGAAGCAGGUGCAAGAGAAAUGGUUAGAGGAACAAAUACCACUACACGAGAUCUUCAUAGAUUUAAUAAAGGCAUUUGACUUGGUAAAUAGGGAGGCACUCUGGAUUGUUUUGUGUAAACUUGGUCGUCCAACACAUUUUGUGAGCAUUUUUAAGGAACUACACAGAAACAUGAAAGCUCAGGUAGUCUUUAAUGGUGAGCUAUCUCAUGAAUUUUCGGUGGACAAUGGUGUCAAACAGGGAGAUAUUCCUGCCCCUACACUUUCUCUAUUUAUUUUGCUGUAUUAUUUUGGUAUGCUUUCAAGGAUUGCAACAGAGGAAUUGGAAUCAGAUUUCAGACAUCUGGUUGUAUUUUUAAUUUGA